AUGUCAAUCAGCGGCUUUGCUGGCGGUGCAGAUGGUGGUGGAACGGGACUGGCAAGCCAUGCGGCGCAGAUGGGCUUUGCGCGAGGAGCACAAAUACAACAGCAGCAACUACACCAAGGACCCCUCGAUUCAAAAGCCGGUGCUGCUAAGACCCGGAUUCGCGAUGUUUGGAAACAUAACCUGGCACAUGAGUUGGCCGUUUUGAGAUCGUUGGUUGACAAAUACCCGUACAUCAGCAUGGAUACCGAGUUUCCAGGAAUUGUCGCUCGGCCAAUCGGCUCGUUCACGAAUAAAGCCGACUAUCACUACCAGACCCUCCGAUGCAAUGUCGACCUCCUCAAGAUGAUUCAGCUGGGAAUUACUCUGUUCAACUCCGACGGAGAAGUUCCCCCGGCCACCACCACGGAUGCUAAUGGACAACCGUACGGCAAUGCCAUGGCACCAGCUCCUUGCACAUGGCAAUUCAACUUCCGGUUCUCAUUGGAAGGGGAUAUGUACGCGCAGGAGUCCACAGCCAUGCUUGCCAAGUCGGGAGUUGAUUUCGCUAUGCACGAGAAGAAUGGGAUUGACCCUUUCGAGUUCGGAUCAUUGCUGAUCAGCUCUGGUUUGGUGCUGCUGGAUGACGUUCACUGGGUUUCUUUCCACUCUGGUUACGACUUUGGUUACCUCAUGAAGAUCAUGCUCUGCUCGCAAUUGCCCGAGAACGAGGAAGAGUUCCAUAAGCUUUUGACGAUCUUCUUCCCAUCGCUCUAUGACAUUAAGUAUCUCAUGAAGCAUGCAAGCCGCAACCAGGCGGUCAAUGACUCGCCCCUCACCCCAGCCGCUGCACAGAUUCUCUCCAAUUUAGGUCAGAAAUCUGGCUUGGGGGAUGUCGCGGAGGAGCUCGGUGUCAAGCGUAUCGGUAUUGCCCACCAAGCUGGAUCUGAUUCAUUGGUGACAGGUGAAAUCUACUGGAAGAUGCGCCAAUUGAUUUUCGGCGGCUCAAUUGAUGAGAGCAAAUACUCCGGUCAGAUCUGGGGUCUCAACGGCCAAAUGCCCGCAAUGUCCUACCAAAUGGCUCAGCAAACGCCCAACCUCAACGGAGCCACCAUCUACUCUGCAGUCGGCACACCCGGUACCCCCAACACUGGUAUUGGCGCCGGCGCUCAUACCCCUCACGGCUAUGGCACACCAGGCGGAUAUCAAUCCAGCAAGGCAUGA